GGGGGCCGCUCUUACCCGCAGCUCUGCAUCCUCUCGCCUCCUCCUAGCCUGGCCUCCUCGCAGAGGCUGCACGGCUCCCGCCCCCUUGCCCUCUCAGCGGGUCUUCACCCCACCCCCCCAGGCCUCUCUGGCCCGGGAGUCCCCAAGUCUCUCUGAUCUAGCCCAUCCGGCUCCGCAGGGAGGCUCUGGUGGGUAAGCAGAAGAGUGAGCCCAAGGGAUCCGGACCGGGACCCUGAAGGCAGGCCCCGCCCCCGCCUGGAGGGGUCGCCCCGGGAGUCUCCGGACCAGGCGGGUCUCUGCCCCGCGCCCCCUAUGGAGGACCCUGCUGGGCUAUAGAGCACGUCGCCUCACUGUCUAUACGGUCUGUUUCGGCCUUGCAGCAGCCUGAGUCCAAUUGUUGGACACCGUUUAUGGGGUCGGCCCCCCUAUGGGGGCUCGUGACUCUAAGGGACCCCUGCGGUCCCUAGGGGUCGGCCCUAUCCACAGCGACUCCGUGUCCAAGGCCUUCCGUGGAUCUAUAGGGCCGGCACCUCGGCUUCAAGAGCCCAUCCACAGCGGCCCUUUCCUUGGCCCGGACUGCGUCGCUGGUACAUCCCUGGUCUACAAGGCCAUGCUACACCUAUAAAGGUUGCAUCUGCAGGGCUGCACUCCCGUAGAGGGUCCUCUCCGGGUCUUCACCGCCCUCCCGUCCCCGGCGGGAGGCGGCGAUGGCCUUGGGCCGAGCUCUGGCCGUGGCCCUGGCACUGGCCUUGGCGGUGCCAGGGCCGCUGUCCCUCAGGGUCCUGGCGGGUGACUGCAAGGGGCAGCGGCAGGUGCUACGGGAGGCUCCAGGCUUCGUGACGGAUGGUGCGGGCAACUACAGCGUCAAUGGCAACUGCGAGUGGCUUAUCGAGGCCCCGAGCCCUCAGCACCGAAUCCUGCUGGACUUCCUUUUCCUGGACACGGAGUGCACUUAUGACUACCUGUUUGUGUAUGACGGUGAUUCGCCCCAAAGCCCGCUGCUUGCUAGUCUGAGUGGGAGCACGAGACCCCCACCCAUUGAGGCUUCCUCAGGCAAGAUGCUGCUCCACCUCUUCAGCGAUGCCAACUACAACCUGCUGGGUUUCAACGCCUCCUUCCGCUUCUCCUUGUGUCCUGGGGGCUGCCAGAACCAUGGACAGUGCAAGUCCCCAGGAGUGUGCCUCUGUGAGCCAGGCUGGGGAGGUCCAGACUGUGGCCUGCAGGAGUGCUCAGCCUACUGUGGCAGCCAUGGCACCUGUGCCUCGACCCUGGGACCAUGCCGCUGUGAGCCUGGAUUUCUUGGACAAGCCUGUGACCUGCACUUGUGGGAGAACCAGGGGGCUGGCUGGUGGCACAAUGUGAGUGCCGGGGACUCUGCCUUCUCUGCCCGAGUUGGGGCAGCUGGUGCCUUCCUGUCCCCACCCGGGCUGCUGGCUGUCUUUGGAGGCCAGGACCUUAACAAGGCCCUGGGUGACCUUGUCCUGUACAACUUCUCCACAAACACCUGGGACUCCUGGGACCUGAGUCCUGCUCCGGCCGCCCGUCACUCCCAUGUGGCCGUGGCCUGGGCUGGCUUCCUGGUGCUGAUGGGUGGCGAACUGGCCAAUGGCUUGCUCACCAAUGAUGUGUGGGCCUUCAGCCCCCUGGGUGGAGGCCACUGGGAGCUUCUGGCUCCACCUACUUCCAGCUCCUCUGGGCCGCCAGGCCUGGCAGGCCAUGCAGCUGCUCUGGUGGAUGACAUCUGGCUGUAUGUGUCCGGUGGUCGCACUCAACAUGACCUCUUCUCUUCUGGCCUCUUCCGUUUCCGCCUGGACCACACCAGCAGGGGCUACUGGGAGCAGGUGAUCCCGGCAGGUGGGCGGCCCCCUGCUGCCACCGGCCACUCUAUGGUGUUCCAUGCCUCCUCCCGUACCCUGCUGGUCCAUGGUGGACACCGACCUUCCACUGCCCGGUUUUCUGUGCGAGUGAAUUCCACUGAGCUCUUCCACGUGGAUCGUCGUGUAUGGACCACGCUGAAGGGCCGGGAUGGUCUCCAGGGUCCACGGGAGAGAGCCUUCCACACAGCCAGUGUUCUUGGAAACUACAUGGUGGUCUACGGGGGCAAUGUGCACACCCAUUACCAGGAGGAAAAGUGCUACGAAGAUGGCAUCUUCUUCUACCACCUUGGCUGCCACCAGUGGGUGUCAGGGGCUGAGCUUGCCCCACCAGGAACCCCUGAAGGCCGAGCAGCACCUCCUAGUGGUCGUUACUCACAUGUGGCAGCUGUACUUGGUGGCAGUGUCCUGUUGGUGGCAGGGGGAUAUAGUGGCCGGCCUCGUGGGGACUUGAUGGCCUACAAGGUUCCCCCCUUCGUGUUUCAGGCACCUGCCCUGGAUUACCACUUGGACUACUGCUCCAUGUACACAGACCACAGCGUCUGCUCCCGAGACCCAGAAUGUAGCUGGUGUCAGGGGGCUUGCCAAGCAGCACCCCCUCCGGGGACCUCCUCAGGAGCCUGUCCAGCGGCCAGCUGCCUGGGCCUAGGCCGCCUCCUAAGUGACUGCCAAGCAUGCCUGGCCUUCAGUAGCCCCGCAGCUCCUCCCCGCGGACCUGGUGCCCUAGGUUGGUGUGUGCACAAUGAGAGCUGCCUUCCUCGGCCUGAGCAGGCCCGCUGCCGAGGGGAGCAGAUCUCAGGCACCGUGGGCUGGUGGGGGCCGACGCCUGUCUUCGUCACUUCCCUGGAGGCCUGUGUCACCCAGAGCUUCCUGCCUGGCCUGCACCUGCUCACCUUCCAGCAGCCACCCAACGCCUCUCAGCCUGACAAGGUCUCCAUUGUCCGAAGUACAACUAUCACCUUGACGCCCAGCCCGGAGACAGAUGUGUCCCUGGUCUACCGAGGCUUCAUCCACCCCCUGCUGCCAGGAGGGCCAGGUGGCCCUGGGGCUGAGGAUGUGGCUGUGUGGGCUCGGGCCCAGCGCCUCCAUGUCCUGGCCCGGAUGGCCAGAGGCCCGGACACUGAGAACAUGGAGGAGGUGGGUCGCUGGGUGGCUCAGCAAGAGAAGGAGACAAGGCGUCUGCAGCGCCCUGGCUCUGCUCGCCUCUUCCCACUGCCUGGGCGAGGCCACAAGUACGCCGUGGAGGUCCGAGGCCAGCUCAACGGCUCGGCAGGCCCUGGGCACAGCGAGCUCACGCUCCUGUGGGAUCGGACUGGAGUGCCAGGAGGCAGCGAGAUCUCCUUCUUCUUCCUGGAGCCCUACCGCUCUUCGGCAUGUGCUUCCUACUCCUCCUGUCUGGGCUGCCUGGCUGAUCAGGGCUGCGGCUGGUGCCUCAACAGUGCCACCUGUCACCUGCGUCAGGGAAGGGCCCACUGUGAGGAUGAUGGGACUGGCGAGUCCCUGCUGGUGCUGGUGCCUGCCCUCUGCCCACUCUGUGAGGAGCAUCGUGACUGCCAUGCCUGCACCCAGGACCCCUUUUGUGAGUGGCAUCAGAGCACCAGCCGCAAAGGGGAUGCAGCAUGCAGCCGGCGAGGCCGGGGCCGAGGUGCCCUGAAGAACCCAGAGGAAUGCCCCCCACUCUGCAGCCAACGCCUGACCUGUGAGGACUGCCUGGCCAAUUCUAGCCAGUGUGCCUGGUGCCAGUCCACUCACACCUGCUUCCUGUUUGCUGCCUACCUAGCCCGGUACCCACAUGGAGGCUGCCGUGGCUGGGAUGACAGUGUGCAUUCAGAGCCACGGUGCAGGAGCUGCGGUGGCUUCCUGACUUGUCAUGAGUGUCUGCAGAGUCACGAGUGUGGUUGGUGUGGCAACGAAGACAACCCCACUCUGGGACGGUGCCUACAAGGGGAUUUCUCUGGACCCCUGGGUGGGGGGAACUGCUCGCUGUGGGUAGGAGAGGGCCUGGGGUUGCCUGUGGCUCUCCCUGCACGCUGGGCUUAUGCCCGCUGUCCAGAUGUGGAUGAAUGUCGCCUGGGCCUGGCAAGGUGUCAUCCACGGGCGACCUGCCUGAACACGCCUCUCAGCUAUGAAUGUCACUGCCAGCGUGGCUACCAGGGCGAUGGCAUCACACACUGUAACCGCACGUGCCUGGAAGACUGUGGCCAUGGUGUGUGUAGUGGUCCUCCGGACUUCACUUGUGUGUGUGACCUAGGUUGGACCUCUGAUCUGCCCCCACCCACACCUGCCCCAGGACCCCCUGCCCCACGUUGCUCUCGAGACUGUGGCUGCAACUUUCACAGCCAUUGCCGCAGGCGGGGACCUGGCUUCUGUGAUGAGUGCCAGGAUUGGACGUGGGGGGAGCAUUGUGAACGGUGUCGGCCUGGCAGUUUUGGCAACGCAACGGGCUCUGGGGGCUGCCGACCUUGCCAGUGCAAUGGGCAUGGAGACCCACGCCGUGGCCACUGUGAUAACCUCAGUGGGCUCUGUUUCUGCCAGGACCAUACUGAGGGUGCCCAUUGUCAGAUCUGCUCUCCGGGAUACUAUGGGGACCCCCGAGCUGGUGGCUCCUGCUUCCGGGAGUGUGGGGGUCGUGCCCUCCUCACCAACGUGUCCUCAGUGGCUCUGGGCUCCCGCCGCUUUGGGGGACUGCUGCCUCCAGGUGGUGGGGCAGCCAGAGCUGGACCCGGCCUGUCCUACUGUGUGUGGGUUGUCUCGGCCACAGAAGUGCUACAGCCCUGUGCUCCUGGGACCCUCUGUCCCCCACUCACCCUCACUUUCUCUCCAGACAGCAGUACCCCUUGCACACUGAGCUAUGUCCUGGCCUUUGAUGGAUUCCCACGCUUCCUGGACACUGGUGUUGUGCAGUCAGACCGGAGCCUCAUAGCUGCCUUCUGUGGCCAGCGGCGGGACAGACCCCUCACGGUGCAGGCCUUGUCUGGGUUACUUGUGCUGCAUUGGGAGGCCAAUGGCUCCUCGUCCUGGGGAUUCAAUGCUUCUGUGGGCUCUGCCCGAUGUGGAUCAGGGGGUCCUGGCAGCUGCCCCGUCCCUCAGGAAUGUGUGCCCCAGGAUGGGGCUGCAGGUGCUGGGCUCUGCCGCUGUCCUCAGGGCUGGGCUGGCCCUCACUGCCGCAUGGCUCUGUGUCCUGAGAACUGCAAUGCCCACACUGGGGCAGGGGUUUGUAACCAGAGCCUAGGUGUAUGCAUCUGUGCUGAGGGCUUUGGGGGCCCAGACUGUGCCACAAAGCUGGAUGGCGGACAGUUGGUCUGGGAGACACUCAUGGACAGCCGCCUCUCAGCUGACACUGCUAGCCGCUUCUUACACCGCCUGGGACACACUAUGGUAGAGGGACCUGAUGCCACCUUGUGGAUGUUUGGGGGCCUGGGCCUGCCACAGGGCCUACUGGGAAACCUGUACAGGUAUUCAGUCAGUGAGCGCAGGUGGACACAGAUGCUGGCAGGAGCUGAGGAUGGGGGCCCAGGCCCAUCACCCCGCUCCUUCCAUGCAGCUGCCUAUGUGCCUGCUGGCCGUGGUGCCAUGUACCUGCUUGGGGGCCUCACAGCUGGGGGCAUCACCCGUGACUUCUGGGUCCUUAACCUCACUACCCUGCAGUGGAGACAGGAGAAGGCCCCUCAGAACAUGGAGUUGCCGGCAGUUGCUGGCCACACCCUUUCUGCCCGUGGAGGCCUGUCUUUGCUCUUGGUGGGUGGCUACUCUCCGGAAAAUGGCUUCAACCAGCGGUUGUUGGAAUACCAGCUGGCAACUGGCACCUGGGUGUCUGGAGCCCAGAGUGGGACACCCCCGACAGGUCUCUAUGGUCAUUCUGCAGUCUACCACGAGGCCACCGACUCCCUCUAUGUGUUUGGGGGUUUCCGCUUCCAUGUGGAACUGGCAGCGCCUUCUCCGGAGCUCUACUCUCUGCACUGUCCUGACCGCACCUGGAGCUUGCUUGCACCUUCUCAGGGGGCAAAGCCCCGUCCCCGGCUUUUCCAUGCUUCAGCUCUGCUAGGAGACACCAUGGUGGUCCUUGGGGGGCGCUCGGACCCUGAUGAAUUUAGCAGUGAUGUUCUGCUCUACCAGGUCAACUGCAACACCUGGCUCCUGCCCGACCUCACACGUCCAGCCUUUGUGGGAUCCCCGAUGGAGGAGUCUGUGGCCCAUGCAGUUGCAGCAGUGGGUAGCCGCCUGUACAUCUCUGGAGGAUUUGGGGGAGUGGCCUUGGGCCGCCUGCUGGCAUUGACCUUGCCCCCUGACCCCUGCCGUCUACUGCCUUCACCUGAAGCUUGUAACCAGUCUGGGGCCUGCAGCUGGUGCCAUGGUGCUUGCCUGUCUGGGGACCAGGCCCACAGGUUGGGCUGUGGGGUGCCUCCUUGCUCCCCAAUGCCUCGCUCACCUGAGGAGUGUCGGAGGCUGCGGACCUGCAGUGAGUGCCUGGCCCGCCAUCCUCGGACCCUGCAGCCUGGAGAUGGAGAGCAGGAAUCCACUCCCCGCUGUAAGUGGUGCACCAACUGCCCGGAGGGUGCCUGCAUCGGGCGCAAUGGGUCCUGCACCUCAGAGAAUGACUGUCGAAUCAACCAGCGAGAGGUCUUCUGGGCUGGGAACUGCUCAGAGGCUGCCUGUGGGGCCGCUGACUGUGAGCAGUGCACACGGGAGGGCAAGUGCAUGUGGACACGGCAGUUCAAGAGGACCGGGGAGACGCGCCGUAUCCUGUCAGUGCAGCCCACUUACGACUGGACUUGCUUCAGCCACUCUCUGCUGAAUGUGUCUCCUAUGCCAGUGGAGUCGUCGCCCCCACUGCCCUGCCCCACGCCCUGUCACCUCCUCCCCAACUGUACCUCCUGCCUGGCCUCCAAGGGCGCCGAUGGGGGUUGGCAGCACUGUGUGUGGAGCAGCAGCCUCCAGCAGUGUCUGAGCCCCUCCUACCUGCCCUUGCGAUGUAUGGCUGGAGGCUGUGGGCGGCUGCUUAGGGGGCCAGAGAGCUGCUCCUUGGGCUGCGCUCAGGCUACACAGUGUGCCCUAUGCCUGCGACGACCCCACUGUGGCUGGUGUGCCUGGGGGGGCCAGGACGGAGGUGGUCGCUGCAUGGAAGGUGGCCUCAGUGGUCCCCGAGAUGGGCUAACGUGUGGACGUCCUGGGGCAUCCUGGGCCUUCCUGUCCUGCCCCCCGGAGGAUGAGUGUGCUAACGGGCACCAUGACUGCAAUGAGACUCAGAACUGCCACGACCAGCCCCACGGCUACGAGUGCAGCUGCAAGACAGGCUACACCAUGGACAAUGUGACUGGCCUGUGCCGCCCUGUGUGUGCCCAGGGCUGUGUGAACGGCUCCUGUGUACAGCCCGAUCACUGCCAAUGCCACUUUGGCUUUGUCGGCCGCAACUGCUCUACAGAGUGCCGCUGUAACCGCCACAGUGAGUGUGCAGGCGUAGGGGCACAGGACCACUGCCUGCUGUGCCGGAACCACACCAAGGGUACCCACUGUGAGCAGUGUCUCCCACUAUUUGUGGGUUCAGCUUUGGGAGGCGGGACCUGCCGGGCCUGCCAUGCCUUCUGUCGAGGGAACAGCCAUGUGUGUGUCUCCAGGAAAGAGCUGGAAAUGGCCAGAAGGGAGCCAGAGAAGUACUCACUAGAUCCAGAUGAGAUUGAAAACUGGGUGACAGAAGGUCCUAGUGAAGAUGAGGCCGUGUGUGUGAACUGCCAGAAUAACAGCUAUGGCGACAAAUGUGAGAGCUGCCUCCACGGCUACUUCCUCCUGGACGGGAAAUGCACCAAAUGCCAAUGCAAUGGCCACGCUGACACCUGUAAUGAGCAAGACGGGACCGGCUGCCCGUGUCAGAACAACACAGAGACGGGCAGCUGCCAGGGCAGCUCUCCCAGUGACCGCCGAGACUGCUACAAGUACCAGUGCGCCAAGUGCCGGGAGUCAUUCCAUGGGAGCCCUCUAGGUGGCCAGCAGUGUUACCGACUCAUCUCAGUGGAACAGGAAUGCUGCCUGGACCCUACUUCCCAGACCAAUUGCUUCCAUGAGCCCAAACGCCGAGCCCUGGGUCCUGGCCGCACAGUACUUUUUGGUGUGCAGCCCAAGUUCACCAACGUGGACAUUCGCCUGACACUAGAUGUGACCUUCGGUGCUGUGGACCUCUAUGUCUCCACCUCCUAUGACACCUUUGUGGUCCGAGUGGCCCCUGAUACAGGUGUCCACACUGUACAUAUCCAGCCUCCUCCACCUCCCCCACCUCCUCCACCUCCUGCUGAUGGUGGACCCAGGGUGGCUGGGGACCUAGGAGGACUGGGGACUGGGAGUGGACCGGGUACUCCGGUGGAGCCACGAGUCCGGGAGGUGUGGCCCCGGGGCCUGAUUACCUACGUGACAGUGACGGAACCGUCGGCAGUGCUUGUGGUUCGAAGUGUGCGGGACAGGCUGGUGAUCACCUACCCCCACGAGCACCACGCCCUCAAAUCGAGCCGCUUCUACCUGCUGCUGCUGGGCGUGGGAGAUCCCAGUGGGCCUGGUGCCAAUGGCUCGGCAGACUCACAGGGCCUGCUCUUCUUCCGGCAAGACCAGGCCCAUAUUGACCUGUUUGUCUUCUUCUCCGUCUUCUUCUCCUGCUUCUUCCUCUUCCUCUCACUCUGUGUGCUCCUCUGGAAGGCCAAGCAGGCCCUGGACCAGCGACAAGAGCAGCGUCGGCACCUGCAGGAGAUGACCAAGAUGGCCAGCCGCCCCUUUGCCAAGGUCACCGUCUGCUUCCCUCCAGACCCUAUGGGCCCAGCCCCUGCUUGGAAGCCAGCUGGGCUCCCACCUCCUGCCUUCCGUCGCUCUGAGCCUUUCCUAGCACCCCUACUGCUGACAGGAGCUGGGGGGCCCUGGGGACCCAUGGGAGGGGGGUGCUGCCCACCAGCCCUCCCUGCUACCACAGCUGGCCUACGAGCUGGACCCAUCACUCUUGAGCCCACAGAAGAUGGCAUGGCUGGUGUGGCCACUCUGCUGCUCCAGCUGCCUGGGGGCCCUCAUGCUCCCAAUGGGGCCUGCCUUGGAUCAGCCCUUGUCACGCUUCGGCAUAGGCUGCAUGAGUACUGUGGGGGCAGUGGGAGUGCUGGAGGCAGUGGGCAUGGGGGGGGUGGAGGCCGGAAGGGACUGUUGAGCCAGGACAAUCUCACUAGCAUGUCCCUUUGACCUGUCAAGGGUCCUCUUCCACAGCCGCCAAGUCACCUGUUGGGGCCACUCUGGACAGUCCUCAGAAACCGCUGGCUCCCUUUUCCCAGGGUUCCCCUUUGUUUCUGCAUUUAGUGACGAUUUAUUGAGCUGCUGCUCUGUGCCUAGCGCAGUUGUAGGCACAGAAAAGCAGUAGGUGAGAGGAGCUUCCCUGAUGUGGCGGGACUUGGGUUCUUGGAAGGGACACAUGCACACGUACACUUACGCACACACUGGUUCAGAGAAGAAGAAUAUUAGCAAGGUCUAACACCGAGGGAUUGUGGGUAAAGGCGAUUAGGCAUUUGGAGAAACUAGGCUGAGAAAGGCAACGGUCUGAGAGAAGACCUUUGGGAAAUGAAUUCAGAGUUGAGGAAACUGUAAGGCUGAAGGUCCUGAGGCUGGAACCAGUUUGUUUUAUUAGGAGAACCAGAAACCUGGUCACUGCAACCCAGAUCAAGUGUCAGAGGAGGCUGGGGACAGUUGGGACCUUGGGUUUUAUUCUCAGAGCAGUGUGAAGCUGUUGGGCAGUUCUGUGGUGGGGAAUGAGGAGCUAUGUCUACUCAAGAAGUACCCCGGCUAUGGAGUGAAGAGUGGGCUGGAGGGACAGGAGAGGUUGCAGGUGGGUAACAGUGGCAGGAGGAGGGUGGUGGCGGCGAUGGUGAGUCAGGAUCAGGUGCAGGGUGAGUGACAGGGUGGGACAGCAGUACAGAUGGUAGGGUGAGGAAAAGGACAUAUCCAGAAUGGCCACUUUAUAGCCUGGGCCAUCGGCACACAGUGAGGCCAUUACUAAGAUGGGGCAGGCUGGGGCUUGUGGGAAAAACAGAAGAGUCUGGUUUGGGCUUGAGUCAGGUCUACCUGGGGCUUCACACAGAAAGCACUUGAGUAUUUCAACAGGAGGGAUCCAGGGUAGUGAGUGAAGGCCGGCAGCUACUGAGACGACACAGUGUAGUGUCCUUUCGUGUGUAGGGGUAGGAGCAAUCAGCUGCCACUGCUUUCCCUGGGCUGGAGGGACAGAGUUCAGUGGUGACCUGAGACCCGGAUCACCAGCUGAGGCUAAAAAUUCAGGCUUGUCUCAAGGGAGCCUCAGAGGAAAGUCCUCUGUCUGAGAUGCCUCACAGUCCUCUCUGGCAGGUGUGGGGUGGCAGUAGGAUGGGGGACCCUGGAGGGACCAUCACUUGGCUCUUUUUCUUGAGUCUUUGGGGCUUUCCCCACAGGCCACUCCCACCUGGACCUCCUUUUUGGACAAAGGAGCUCUUCUAACCCUUGAGGACUCCCUUCCCCCAAUCCUAGGCAGCUCCCUGAGCUUGGGACUCUUGCUUUCCCAAGACUGCAACUUCCAGGUGCUGUUUUGGCCCUGGGGUGGGCCUUGGGUCCAGCUUCGUCCCCUUGCUGGGGUUACCCUAGUCCGAGAGGCCCCUGCUGCUGUGUGCAUGUCAGAUAGCAGGGGUCACAUCUCAACAACAGGAGAGCAGCUGAAGCAGCAAAUAAAGUGUGCGGAAGUC